AUGGCGGCGGUGGAUGUUCUGUUUGAAACCAACGGCAUGUCGGGUGAAGAUGAGAGUACAGACAGUGAGAAUGAGUUGGCUACAUUGGCUAAAAAUAUAGGAAACAAGAGAAGUAAACUUGUGGUGGAAACUAGGAAAUCCAAGCCUAGUUAUCUGGGAGAUCCGUUUGACGUAUCGCGGAAAAUCUGUGAUAAUAAUACAUUUAUUUAAAAAGCGCUUUUAAUUACAAACAAGAAUUUCAAAGUUGCUUUGAAAACAAAAACAAACGUAGGUAUCUGAAAGUUCAUGGUUGAUGGUCUUCCGUAGCUUCAUGGGAUACAUUGGAGGAUAAUGUGACGUCAGUCAGAGUCACAAGAAGUCAUGUUUAGAUUUUGUGUGUGUCCGCUAGCAAAAGAAGCGCGCUUUGCACCUUAAAAACAUAUCGGAGUGGAAUGUUGUGUGUAUGGCUCUUCGAAGCAGAGCGCCUAUAAAGGGGGUUAUCUCUGGGGUAGCGCAUGAAGUUCAUGCAGAUGAAAUACCUGAGGAAGUAGGUGGGGUGGUUGGUGCAUGUCGAUUGACCAGUAUGGUGGAUGGAGUGAAGAAAUACAUUUCAUCCACACUUUUGUUGUUUGAUAAAGAGUCUCUCACUUCUCAUGCAAAGUGAGGCUUCAUCCUGUAAGUCUAAAGCGAAAAGGGUCAAUAUCAGGGGAUAUAUUUAUCUAUAUAUUUCCGGAUAUCUGACAUUUUAUCAGAUAUAAGGAGUAGACAUGCUCCAGAUACGCAUGUCCUUAAUUUCAUAUAUGGAGCUAGGAUAUUCUCCGUAAUGGGACAGUUUCUAAAUGCAUCCAAUUCGGACCUCAGAAAUGUCUCUGCUACCAUAUGAGUCCAGGGAGAUAUCUGGGGUGAGAUACAUUCAAGACAAGCAAAUGAUGCACGUGCACACGCUUACGUAUUUGUAGAAUAUUCUAACUCCGGAAAGGGUAUGUGUCAAUAUACAAGCCUUUAUACUUAGGCAUUAACUAAUCCACAUAUUUUCAGAAAUGUAUCAUAUCUGUAGUCAUUACCUGAUCAUUUACACUACCAGUUUUAGAACACCUACUGAUUCAAGGGUUUGUCUUCAUUUUUAAAGGUAGGGGGGGUAUACAGAAGAUAGCCCUAUUUGGUAAAAGACCAAGUCCAUAUUAUGGCAAGAACAGCUCAAAUAAGCAAAGAGAAUCGACAGUCCAUCAUUACUUUAAGACAUGAAGGUCAGUCAAUACGGAACAUUUCAAGAACUUUCAAAGUUUCUUCAAGUGCCGUUGCAAAAACCUUGAAGCGCUAUGAUAGAACUGGCUGUCAUGAGGACCGCCACAGGAAUGGAAGACCCAGAGUUACCUCUGCUGCAGAGGAUAAGUUCAUUCGAGUUAACUGCACUUCAGAUUGCAGCCCAAAUAAAUGCUUCACAGAGUUCAAGUAACAGUACAUCUCAACAUCAACUGUUCAGUGGAGACUGUGUGAAUCAGUUCUUCAUGGUCGAAUUGCUGCAAAUAAACCACUACUAAAGGACACCAAUAAGAAGAAGGGACUUGCUUGGGCCAAGAAACACGAGCAAUGGACAUUAGACCGGUGGAAAUGUGUCCUUUGGUCUGGAUAAUCCAAAUUGGUGUCAUUUUUUUUUUUUUUUUUUUUUUCUUUGUGGGGGGGGGGGGGGGGGGUGGGUAGAUCAGCUUAAUAUUGCAGAUAGAUUGUAACUUCCAUCAAUGUAAUUGUCUUCAUCACUUCCAAUCCCCCAUGUUUUUUAUAUAUAUAUAUAUAUAUAUUCCCCUUUAUUACUUUCCAACCCGCCACCCUUUCCCUACUUGGGGUAAACUAGUGAACAACAAUGCUUAGGCCUCUACUUCCAGCUUAUACUUACUAUCUACAUUUUAUGGACACAGUCAAUUUUACAAUAAUUAUAUUUUGUUCGUUUUUUUCUCCUGAACUACUUCUACUCUCAACCUCUCCGAUCAUUUUCAUGAUGUCCAUCCGGUUUGCUUCUAUAUGCCAUAUCUUUCUAACUGUGCUCUUUCCCAAAAGCUCCCAACAUACAACCUACAUACUUAGUAUGGACACAGUAUGCUUACAUUAUUAGUUAUCUUGUUAUUAUUUUGUUGUUAGUUGUUAUUAGUCCCAUCUUUGUGAGACGCGGUGUGGGUGAACGGAUGAUCUCCGCAUGUGUAUUUCCCACCAUAAAGCAUGGAGGAGGAGGUGUUAUGGUGUGGGGUGCUUUGCUGGUGACACUGUCUGUGAUUUAUUUAGAAUUCAAGGCACACUUAACUAGCAUGGCUACCACUGCAUUCUGCAGCGAUACGGCAUCCCAUCUGGUUUGGGCUUAGUGGGACUAUCAUUUGUUUUUCAAUAGGACAAUGACAAAACACACCUCCAGGCUGUGUAAGGGCUAUUUUACCAAGAAGGAGAGUGAUGGAGUGCUGCAUCAGAUGACCUGGCCUCCACAAUCCCCCGACCUCAACCAAAUUGAGAUGGUUUGGGAUGAGUUGGACGGCAGAGUGAAGGAAAAGCAGCCAACAAGUUCUCAGCAUAUGUGGGAACUCCUUCAAGACUGUUGGAAAAGCAUUCCUGGUGAAGCUGGUUGAGAGAAUGCCAAGAGUGUGCAAAGCUGUCAUCAAGGCAAGGGGUGGCUAUUUGAAGAACCUCAAAUAUAAAAUAUAUUUUUUGGUUACUACAUGAUUCCAUAUGUGUUAUUUCAUAGUUUUGAUAUCUUCACUAUUAUUCUACAAUGUAAAAAAUUGUAAAAAUAAAGAAAAAUCCUUGAAUGAGUAGGUGUGUCCAAACUUUUGACAGGUACUGUAAGUUAAGCGUGUGAGACAAAAUGGCGGCCGUGAUUAAUUCUAUUUUUAUAAUACAUGUUUUUAGCUCCUAAUGGUUUUAAUUGCAUGAGCUAAGGCUCACAUUAUUUUUAUUUUCAUGUGUACAUACAGUAUGAGACAUGCCAAUUAUAUGUAUUUUAACCAGUUAUAUGUUAUGAAAUUUGGAGUUGACUGUUAAAUGCUAACCGCUGACUAGCUUAGCACCAGGGGAGAACGACUGCCCCCUCAUAUUGAGGAUUAUAAAUUGAAGGCCAACCGGAGUACUGCAGGAUCCCCAUUAUAGUCAGUGGGAGUAUGGCAGGAUUUCCCAAACUCGGUCCUCUGGACCCCAAUGGCGUUUUGGUUUCUGCCCUAGCACUACACAGCUGAUUCAAAUAAUCAACUAAUCAUCAAGCUCUGAUCAUUUGAAUCAGCUGUGUAGUGUUAGGGCAAAAACCAAAAUGUGCACCCCUUGGGGUCCCGAGGACCGAGUUUGGGAAACACUGGAGUAUGGUUAUCUUCGUGGUCAAUAUUCAUAGAUAUAUAUUUUUUUAUAUUCAAACACAGUUAUUGUACCAACAUUUUCUUCUAUUUGUAAGUCCUUGAACCGAUUAUUUUAAAAUCGCACACAUAAGGAUAAUUUGCAGCCUGCAGUACCCCGGUCGGCCUUCAACUUGAGAUACUCAAUGAGAGGGGGCAGCACUGAGUUAGCUGCAACGUCACUUCCUGGUGUAGCUCAAACUGUGCAUGCGAUGUUUCCAAAAACUCCUCCAUGAAGCUAGAUGGUGGCGCCAAAACUACACUUCCUGAUCUUCAAAUGCCACUGAGACUUCACAUUGGAAACAAUGGGGUGACAUCAUCAAUGGCUUUGUCCAUUCUUUUUACAGUCUAUUCUUAGCAGUAGCCUGCCAAUUUGCCUUAGCUAUUUUUAGCUCCUGUGUUAGCUAGUCUAUGGGUUUUUGUUACACUGAAUAUGUAUGCCUCUUUUAUAAUUUGUUUUACUAGUAGCCUGUAUAAAUAGAGAAUUGUAUGUACUGUUGUAGCUUAUGUAAUACAAGGGUGUUAUUUUAGUGGUUUUGUACACCACCAGACCAUAUUUUAGUGUCAUUACUAAUUACAUGAAUAGCUGAUUGCUAUAUGAUGUAUGUCAUUGAGAAAGAGGUUAAUGUAUUUGUGAAUGUGUUUUUCAAUUAAAUUAAUGUAGCAGAUGUUUUAUCCUGUUUCACAGUGUCCCACACCUGGGACCUGUUACACAGGCCCAACGAAACAAGCUGUUUGUUCAUCACCCAAAAGCAGUUGCUUGCAUUUGCAAUUGCACCUCAACUCACCCAUUGUAAAAAAUUAAUAAAAUGAAAGAGAAUUGAAAUACAGUAGCUACAGUGCCUUCAGAAAGUAUUCAUACCCCUUGACUUAUUCUACAUUUUGUUGUGUUACAGCCUAAAUAAAAAAUGGAUUCAAUUGAUUUUUUCCCUACCCAUUUACACACAAUACCCCAUAAUGGCAAUGUGAAAACAAGUUUUUUGACAUUUUUGCACAUGUAUUGAAAAUGAAAUACAGAAGUAUCUAAUUUACAUAAGUAUUCACACCCCUGAGUCAAUACUUUGUAGAAGCCCCUUUGGCAGCGAUUACAGCUUUGAGUCUUUCUGGGUAAGUCUCUAAGAGCUUUCCACACUUGGAUUGUGCAACAUUAGCCCAUUAUUAUUUUCAGAAUUCUUCAAGCUGUGUCAAAUUGGUUGUUGGUCAUUGCUAGGCAACCAUUUCCAGGUCUUGCAAUAUAUUUUCAAUUAUAUUUAAGUAAAACAGUAACUAGGCCACUCAGGAAUAUUCACUGUCUUCUUGGUAAGCAACUCCAGUGUAGAUUUGGCCUUGUGUUUUAGGUUAUUGUCCUGCAGAAGGGUGAAUUCAUCUCCCAGUGUCUGGUGGAAAGCAGACUGAACCAGGUUUUCCUCUAGGAUUUUGCCUGUGCUUACCUUCAUAAAAAAAAAUUUUAAUCCUGAAAAGCUCUUGAGGUCCUGAACGAUUACAAGCAUACUCAUAACAUAAUGCAGCCACCACAACGCUUGAAAAUAUGGAGAGUGGUAGUAAUGUGUUGUAUUGGAGUGCCCCAAACAUACACUUUGUAUUCAGGAAAAUAAGUGAAUUGCUUUGCCACAUUUUUUGCAAUAUUACUUUAGUGCCUUGUUGCAAACAGGAUGCAUGUUUUGGAAUAUUUUUAUUCUGUACAGGCUUCCUUCUUUUGACUUCGUCAAUUAGGUUAUUGUGGAGCAACUAAUAUGUUGUUGAUCCAUCCUCAGUUUUCUCCUAUCACAGCCAUUAAACACUGUAACUGUUUUAAAGUCACCAUUGGCCAGGUGAAAUGCCUGAGCGGUUUCCUUCCUCUCCGGCAACUGAGUUAGGAAGGACGCAUGUACAGUGUCUUUGUAGUGACUGGGUGUAUUGAUACACCAUCCAAAUAGUAAUUAAUAACUUCACCAUGCUCAAAGGGAUAUUGAAUGUCUGCUUUUGUUAUUUUUUACACAUCUACCAAUAGUUGCCCUUCUUUGCGAGGCAUUGGAAAGCCUCCCUGGUCUUUGUGGUUGAAUCUGUGUUGUGAGUUGUUAAGCACAUUUUUACUCCUUAACUCAUUUAGGCUUGUCAUAACACAGAGGUUGAAUACUUAUUGACUCAAGACAUUUCAGCUUUUCAUUUUUUAUUAAUUUGUAAAAAUUUCAAAAAACAUCAUUCCACUUUGACAUUAUGGGUUAUUGUUUGUAGGACAGUGACCAAAAAAAUCUCAAUUUAAUCUAUUUUAAAUUCAGGCUUUAACAACUAAAUGUGGAAAGGUCAAGGGGUGUGAAUACUUUUUUAAGGCACUGUACUUAGGUUUAUUUGGGUGUGAUCAUGCAUUGAUUGUAUUUAAACUGAACAACAACAUAAACGCAACAUGCAACAAUUUCAAAGGUUUUACUGAGUUACAGUUCAUAUGAGGAAAUCAGUCAAUUAUUCAUUAGGCCCUAAUCUAUGGAUUUCACAUGACUGGGAAUACAGAUAUGCAUCUGUUGGUCACAGAUACCUUAAAAAAAGGUAGGGCGUGGAUCAGAAAACCAGUCAGUAUCUGGUGUGACCACCAAUUUCCUCAUGCAGCAUGACACAUCUCCUUUGCAUAGAGUUGAUCAGGCUGCUGAUUGUGGCCUGUGGAAUGUUGUCCCACUCCUCUUCAAUGGCUGUGAGAAGUUGAUGGAUAUUGGCGGGAACUGGAACACGCUGUCGUACACGUCGAUCCAGAAAAUCCCAAACAUGCUCAAUGGGUGACAUGCCCACAUGGCGCCAAUACACGCUGUCUGCCAUCUGCCUGGUACAGUUGAAACCGGAAUUCAUCCAUGAAGAGCACACUUCUCCAGCGUGCCAGUGGCCAUCGAAGGUGAGCAUUUGCCCACUGAAGUCGGUUACGACGCCAAACUGCAGUCAGGUCAAGACCCUGGUGAGGACGACAAGCGCGCAGAUGAGCUUCCCUGAGACGGUUUCUGACAGUUUGUGCAGAAAUUCUUUGAUUGUGCAAACCCACAGUUUCAUCAGCUGUCUGGGUGGCUAGUCUCAGAGGAUCCCGCAGGUAAAGAAGCCGGAUGUGGAGGUCCUGGGCUGGCGUGGUUACACGUGGUCUGAGGUUGUGAGUCCGGUUGGACGUAGUGCCAAAUUCUCUAAAGCGACGUUGGAGGCAGCUUAUGGUAGAGAAAUUAACAUUAAAUUCUCUGGCAACAGCUCUGGUGGACAUUCCUGCAGUCAGCAUGCCAAUUGCACGCUCCUUCAAAACGUGAGGCAUCUGUGGCAAUGUGUUGUGUGACAAAACUGCACAUUUUAGUGGUAUUUUAUUGUCCCCAGCACAAGGUGUACCUGUGUAAUGAUCAUGCUGUUUAAUCAGCUUCUUGAUAUGACACACCUGUCAGGAGGAUGGAUUAUCUUGGCAAAGGAGAAAUGCUCACUAAAAGGGAUGUAAAUAAAUGUGUGCACAAUUUGAGAGAAAUAAGUUUUUUUGCGUAUGGAACAUUUCUCAGAUCUUUUAUUUCAGCUCAUGAAACAUGGGACCAACACUUUACAUAUUGGGUUCAUAUUUUUGUUCAGUAUAGUUAUAUUUGGCUGCCAAACUUGCUCCCACCAUUAUGAAAUGUGAUGUUCAUUAUUUUGCUUUCCUCAUCAUCCCAGAAACGGGUCAGUGGGGGAAGCUGUGCGCUUUUAACCUUCACAGUUAUCCCCACUGUCUAUACGUUUCAGCACAAGAUGUAAAUAAUAUUACAAAAUUCUAAAAUUAUGUAAUUCAAUUGAUAUUAAAUAAAUCUCUAUUAGAUUCAAUGUUACUAAACUGAAGCAGAAAGACUGACAUUCAUUAAACUGGUGCAUCUUUUGUCUCCCGCAGGUUCCGUGGGAACUGGGAGAUGGGGGCACCUAAGGGGAUUCUAUUCAGAGUGGGUGUAAUGGAUGAAAACCAGUGUGGGGAUGUAGACAAUGUAUUACAAGAUGAAGAUUCACUCAUAGAAGGGUUCAGCAACUCAGUCCUGGUUGUGGUAGUUCUGAGUUUCAGGUUUUUGAUUGGACUUCUAACACUGGUCUACAGAGAUGAACAACAAAAUAUCCACCCAGAGAACUAAGAGCAUGUGCGUGCUGUUCAGGAGCAGCUUCAAUCAGAUCAAUCAAUCAAUCAAUCAAUCAGAGCUCAGUUGGUAGAGCAUGGCGCUUGCAACGCCAGGGUUGUGGGUUCGAUUCCCACGGGGGACCAGUAUUAAAAAAUGUAUGCACUCACUAACUGUAAGUCGCUCUGGAUAAGAGUGUCUGCUAAAUGACUAAAAUGUAAAAUGUAAAAUGAAACCCCCGCUGACCCCAGACCGCAGUACUACACUGACAUGUCCUGUCUAGUGUGUCGGUAGAAACCAACUGGACACCUCUUCUGUGCUUCCUGUAUUAUUGCGUAUUGGAGGUGUGGGACUUGGCUUGGUGCAGCUGCAUCCAAUCUGCAAACAAAUUGUGACAUUGCUUUUUCUGCUCUUCCAAGACCACACCUACAGCAGGUCCAGGAUGGGCAGGCUGAGCCGAUACUCAUCUUGCAGGAUCUAAACUACUACAACCGUAGGUUCUCAGGCCGGCCCAGAUCUCUCAUGGAUCGCCUGUGGGACAUCCCCACGCUGCUGCGCCACGCCAUCAGGAAGAAGUUCUCCAUGGGAGGCAUUUUCUGAAUGUUCUGUAUCUGUAUCCUGUGUCUGGUGGGACGCUCAUCUACCUGGCCUCCUGGCUGGACUUCAUCCCCAAGGCCCUGUUCAGCUUGCUAGGCUUCAUGGACAACUUCUUCGUCAUCUUGCUCCUCUUCCUUCAUCUACAUCUCCAUCAU